CUGGUCUGUUCCGUCCAUUGCAGCUCGUCGUCACUACCAGCCUCCUCCACCAUCAUCCUCCUUUAUAACCGGGACAACAUGGCUACUGCAGCGAGCCGCUACUACAGCGAAGACGGCAGGGCAACCAAACGACAGAAAACCGACGGAAUGGCCACGGGAUACGAAGAUCCACACAAGACCCUUCCGUCUGUGGUGGUGCACGUCCGGGGGCUGGUGGAUGGUGUUACAGAGGCUGACCUUGUGGAGGCCUUGCAAGAAUUUGGAGCCAUCAGCUAUGUGGUGGUGAUGCCCAAGAAGCGCCAGGCACUGGUUGAGUAUGAAGACAUGAACGGAUCAUCCACAGCCGUAACCUACGCCGCAGACAACCAGGUUUACAUCGCCGGCCACCCAGCCUUUAUCAACUACUCCACCAGCCAGAAGAUCUCCAGACCGGGAGACUCUGAUGACUCCAGAAGUGUUAACAAUGUUCUUCUGCUCACCAUCAUGAACCCCAUCUACCCCAUCACUACGGAUGUCCUCUACACUAUCUGCAACAACUGCGGGCCUGUCCAGAGAAUUGUCAUCUUCAGGAAGAACGGCGUCCAGGCGAUGGUUGAAUUCGACUCUGUGCAAAGCGCCCAGCGGGCCAAGGCAUCUCUUAAUGGAGCAGACAUCUACUCCGGCUGCUGCACGCUGAAGAUUGAGUACGCCAAGCCCACUCGCCUGAAUGUGUUCAAGAAUGACCAAGACACCUGGGACUACACAAAUCCCAAUCUAGGAGGCACAGAUGGUGAUGCAGAUGGCAAUGGGAGCAGUUCAGAUGAUGUCAAUGCCAACCCCAACAAGCGCCAGAGACAGCCUGCUCUGCUGGGCGACCAUCCUCCUGAGUACGGAGGUGGCUACCAUGGCUACGAUGAGAGCUACGGUUCUCCGCCCUACGAGGGUCGCCGCAUGGGACCACCAAUGAGAGGGCGUGGAGGGAGAAACUACGGGCCGGGCUACGGACCACCUCCCCCUCCUCCCGGCGAGUACGGUGGCCACGCCGAGUCUCCAGUUGUCAUGUUGUACGGCUUGGACCCUGUCAAGAUGAACGCCGACCGUGUCUUCAAUAUCUUCUGUCUCUAUGGCAACGUAGAACGGGUGAAGUUCAUGAAGAGUAAGCCUGGGGCUGCCAUGGUGGAGAUGGGAGACUGCUAUGCAGUGGACCGAGCCAUCACUCACCUCAACAACAACUUUCUCUUUGGACAGAGACUGAAUGUGUGCGUGUCCAAGCAGCAAGCCAUCGUACCCGGUCAGUGCUAUGAGAUGGACGACGGCUCGAGUAGUUUCAAGGACUUCCACGGCUCCAGGAACAACCGGUUCACCUCGCCAGAACAGGCGGCAAAAAACCGCAUCCAGCACCCGAGCAACGUGUUGCACUUCUUCAACGCCCAGCCAGAUGUCACGCCAGAGAUUUUCUCUCAGAUUUGUGAUGAGAUUGGUGUGAAGAGCCCCGUCAACGUCAAAAUGUUCACAGGAAAAAGUGGUGCAGCUCCCAGUGACCGCAGUGCUUCAGGUCUGCUAGAGUGGGAGUCCAUCAAUGAUGCCAUGGAGGCUUUGGCUAUGAUGAACCACUACCAGAUGAAAAACGCAGUCCCGAUCCCUCACGAUACCUGCGGUGCUGUAGAAAAAGUCGUGACAUACCCAGUAAGAGCUGGUCCGUACCCGUACACCCUCAAACUGUGCUUCUCCACCGUUCAGCACGCCAACUGAGCGCACCCUUGUAGCCAGUAAGACGAAGAUUGGUUCACCAUUCCCAUAUUCACAUGUACUUAGACUAGGACUGCUGACAACACACCCUGGAGAAAUUUGACUUUCUAAAACCCCUCAAACACUGUGAAUGAAAUAAUACACUUUCACAAUGAGAUUGAUCCCUAAAGUGCAAACUCCUCAUAUUUGGUAUUUUAAGCAGAUCUAACAAAUGCUAACGGGCAUCUAAAGUUUUGAUAUUCAUGCCCCAGAUGUGGUCCAUAGUAUCAGUACUUUUGUGUCUUCAAUAUUAAGUUGUCCUUUUUACUUUUUGUAAUAUGCUUAUACAGUAACCUGACAUGUGAGAAAGUGUGUUUCAGAGAAUUGGUUUUAUGCUCAGGUGGUUCAGAGGCAGUGGACAACAUGGUUUUGUAAAAGAGUUGUCUUUUGGACUUUUAUUAUUAUAGCUCACUUUUUUCUUCUUUUUUUUUUUAAUUGCUACCUAUUCAGUUCUGCGUCUCCGUGUCAGUUGGAUUGUUUUGUUCUAAGAAAAUAAAAAUAAAAAAUCAAUUUAAA